AUGCGAUACCCGAAAUAUGCGUUUUUCCUUCAGUGCGAUAACAAUUUUAGUCCCGUAAGAGGCAUCGGCAAGUUCGAGGACAAGAUCAGAACGUCAGUCAGUGCUGGUGCAACUAUAAGUUUGAGCAAAACAUCUCACGCGCGUAAUCCGUUGUUUGAAAAAAUGGAGAGACUGCUGAACAUUUGGAUUGAAGAUAAGAAUCAGAAGAACAUGCCAUUGAAUGGAGAGUGCAUACGCAUGAAAGCCAAACGGAUUUACGACCACAUUUCACAAUUCUCAGUGGCUAUUCCCGAAUUUUCAGCGAGCAAAGGAUGGCUGGACAAUUUCAAAAAGCGAUUUGCGUUGCAUAAUAUAUGUCUCACCGGUGAAGCCGCGUCUGCCGAUGAGGAGAGCGGAUAUAACGACCAUCAAAUAUUCAACGCUGACGAAACCGGAUUGUUUUGGAAAAAGAUGCCGAAACGGACCUAUGUGGCGAAGACAGAAAAAAGGGCUCCAGGUUUCAAAGUCGCUAAAGAUCGACUGUCCUUACUAUUCUGCAGCAAUAAAUCGGGUGACCUGAUGACAAAGCCAUUAGCAAUUCAUAAGUCUCUCAAUCCACGAGCAUUCAAGAAUGCAGACAAGCAGAAGUUUCCUGUAUUUUGGAGAGCGAACAAGAAGGCAUGGAUGACGGCAGCUUUAUUUCGAGAGUGGUUUACCGACAUGUUUGUUCCAGAGGUCAAGCAAUACCUAAAGAAGAAAAACUUGAGUUUCAAAGUUUUGCUCCUCAUUGACAACGCCACAUGUCACCUUGAGGAUCUUAGCCAUCCGAAUGUAAAAGUAGUCUUCCUACCGGCUAAUACGACCUCAAUAAUUCAACCCAUGGAUCAAGGAAUCAUUGCUACAUUUAAAGCAUUGAUGCUGCUGUACACUUUCGAAUGGUUACUCGGAGAGCUCGACUCUGACAGCAACAACACCGUCUCGGAGAUAUGGAAAAAAUACACAAUGGUUGACUGCCUGGAUUUUAUUCGACGAUCACUACAAUCAAUUCAAAAAGAAACUCUGGCCGGCUGCUGGAAAAACAUUUGUCCGGUGAAAACAAUCGAAAUCGAGAUCGUGGACGAACAGCGAGACCUCUCCCAAAUCAUGACAACAUCUGCGAUUAAAAAUAUUCUCGAACUAUCGGACCAAUUACGAAAAUGUGCGUUGGAUUGCGAUGACAACCUGGAACGAAGUGCUAAAUUCGAACGCGAAUUAUCCAACAUUAUGGCGCUUUACCACGAGCUGAAAAAGACAUUUGAUCGUCUUAACGAACAGCUAAUUCAUGUAGACGAGCACUUCUUUGAUCAUUUGCUAACGACAACGGACGACCACGAUGAAGAAGUCGAAUCGUCAUCCUCAAAACAAUAA